ACUUCCUAUUUGUAAUGGCGGUGUCACGGUGAUGUCCGUGCUCUUGUUACAGAUAGGUUGUCUCAAUAUUUACACUGACACAUUGACGGGCAUAAGCAAGUAAUGAAAUUCUGAAGAGAGAAAACAAAUUUGAUAAUAAGUGAAAAAUGGCAGGAUCUGCUCUGAGACGUUUGAUGGCGGAAUAUAGACAGCUGACCCUGAAUCCUCCCGAAGGUAUUAUUGCAGGUCCUGUUAGUGAAGAGAAUUUUUUCGAAUGGGAGGCAUUGAUCAUGGGUCCUGAAGGUACUUGUUUUGAAGGUGGCGUCUUUUUAACUCGACUCAUGUUUCCUCCAGAUUAUCCCUUAAGUCCUCCAAAAAUGAAAUUUAACAGUGAAAUUUUUCACCCUAACAUUUAUGUUGACGGCCGUGUAUGUAUCUCAAUUCUUCAUGCACCUGGAGACGACCCCAUGGGAUAUGAGACCAGUGCUGAAAGGUGGAGUCCAGUACAAAGUGUUGAGAAAAUCCUUCUCUCUGUUGUCAGUAUGUUAGCAGAACCAAAUGACGAGAGUGCAGCCAACGUAGAUGCUGCCAAAACAUGGCGAGAAGACCGUCAGAGAUUCAACAGCAUAGCGCGUAAAACUGUUGCAAAAUCCUUGGGUUUUUGAAGAAAUAUUAACGACAUUUCUUUUUCUACUUCCUGCCUUUGUUUGAAAAUAUCUUUCUUCUUCUGUCUUGUUGAAAAAUCAACUUGAUAUUUAAUGCAUUUUUGGUAAAUAAAACUAAAU